UAAUAUAAAACUAUGUAAAUGGUGUCGCGGCAGGAUUUUGAACAACUUCCUGAGUCAUAGCUGGAAGCCGCGGACAGACACCGAAUGGCGCCGCCAGUGUGCGUACACUCAUAGCAAACAAUGCAUUUGAAUUUUAAAGAAGUGGUGCCUCCGGCUACGCGGUGGGCUCUACCUCCAAGGUCGCCAUUGCCUCCUGUCGUCGCCAUGGUGUCAUAUGCCUGUCUAAAAGAUUCGGAGGAGCCAAAGUUUGCUGCCAUUUUAAAAGUUUCAAAGGGGACUAAGGCAAUCACAAAUUAGUGUACAAAUUAUGGAGCUAAUCGGAACUAUUAGUGGGCUGAGAAGGAAUUUAGCGGGGCUGAAGGGCCUAAUGAUGCCCCUGUAUUACAGUAGUCUAGUCUUGAGGACUAGUCUGGAAAAAAGCUGUUCUGCAAACUCUGGAAAAAUUUUAGUCAAAGGACCAAACACCCAGGUUUUAGAGUUUUUGUUCAAUUACAGCUUGAUUACAGUCAGAGGGAUCCGCCUUACUGUGUUUGUACGUAUAGUUAGCCUUGAUGCAAUACAGGCUUCGUAGUUUUUUUUUUUCGUUGUUUUUUUUAAAUAACCUUGAGUUGCUUGGAUAUAAAUCUUUUUCAUUAAAUAAACCUUUAUCCCAGAGUUCCAGGGUAUAUUGACUUUGCAUUCAUGUUUAUGAUACAUGUUUAUGAUACUUUUUAAAGAGGAAGUAAAAGAUAUUAUGCCAUGAGCUAACGGGAAUUUACAAAAGGUACUAGCAAUGGUUACCAGAUGAAUUAACUGUUGUACUUGUCAAUCAUUGGCUAAUUCUUACAUUUACCCCUCCUUUAACUAGCUGUAUAAAUAUUGGGCAGACUUGGUCUCAUAUAAACAUUUUUAAGAAGACAAGACUCUACAUGAGUAUCCAGAUUGUAAAACCAAAUGUAUCUGCACACAAAGCAUGUGAAACAUGAUGGAUGAUAGUGAUGUAGAAAUCGCUGUCAUUGGCAUUGGAUGCCAUUUUCCUGGAGGUGAAGGACUUGAAAACUUCUGGCGAGUCCUCCUUCAUGGAGAGAACUGUGCAGUUCAGAUACCAAAUGACAGGUUUAAUCUCUCUCAAUGGUACGAUCCAGAUGAGAAGAAGGCAGGAAAGACAUACACAGCAAAGGCGGCACUUAUUGAUGGUUUAAAUGAGUUCGACAGCAAGUUCUUCGGCAUCACUGAUGCUGAAUUGAUCACCAUGGACCCUCAGCACAAACUGUUGCUGCAGUGCGCCUACAGGGCCCUAGAGGAUGCUGGGAUACCAAUGGAAAAGGCCAGUGGAACGAGAACAGGAGUAUUUUUGGGCCUAAUGAACAGAGACUUUGAGCUGGCAAAUGUGAGGAUUAAUCCAAAACACACAGACCACACCAGUGGCACUGGUUCCGCUAUGAGUAUAGCUGCUAACCGCAUCUCAUACAUAUUCAACUUCACUGGCCCCUCACUGUCCAUUGACUGUGCCUGCUCCUCAUCCCUCGUUUCCCUUCACUUCGCUUGUCAAGCCAUAAAACAAGGAGAUUGUGAAAUGGCCGUGUGUGGGGGCGUGAGCUGUAUUUUGGAGCCACACAUUUUUGUGACUCUCUCCAAGGCAAAAAUGAUCUCCCCUGAUGGCACCAGUAAACCUUUCAGCAGCCAAGCAGAUGGAUAUGGAAGAGGUGAAGGCUGUGGGAUUGUUCUCCUAAAGCCUCUGAAAAAAGCUCUUGAGGACCAGGAUCACAUCUGGGGCAUCAUUAGCAAAACUGCAGUAAAUCAGGAUGGCCACAGCGUUAGUCCAAUCACCAAACCAUCCAUGGUACAGCAGGAGGAGCUGCUUAGAAAAAUCUACUCAACAGAGACUGACCUGACUAGUGUCCAGUACAUUGAGGCUCAUGGGACUGGGACUCCAGUUGGAGAUCCAAUAGAGGCAGGUAGCAUCUCAAAAGUCAUUGCCAAAGCAAGACCUCAAAAGUCAGGGCCACUCAUCAUUGGUUCAGUUAAGAGCAAUAUUGGACACACAGAAUCUGCCGCAGGUGCUGCAGGGCUCAUAAAGGUUCUCUUGAUGAUGAAGCAUGAAACCAUUGUGCCAUCAUUGUUCUACUCCAUUGAAAACUCCAGCAUAGACACUGAAUCUCUCAAUAUUAAAAUCCCCACCACAGCAGAAAAAUGGAUCAGUGACUGCAGAGCAGGGAGGUGUGCAGGAAUCAAUAACUUUGGGUUUGGAGGAACAAAUGCACAUGCAAUUGUCAGACAAUAUGUGCAGACAAAAAAGACAAAAGCUCAGUUGAUUAGCAAAUCCCGUCAGUAUUUUGUGGUCUCUGCAGCCUCCGAAAAAUCCAUGAAAAAUAUUAUUGCAGAUACGGCAGAACAGAUCAGUGCAGGGAAAAUAUCAGAUCUACAGUCUUUACUGUACACAUCCGCAUGUAGAAGAAGUCACUUGAAACACAAAUACAGAAAAGUAUUUCAAACAUCAUCAUUGGCAGAUCUCCAAGAGAAACUUACUGUUGCUGUGGAGAAAAAGCUUUUACCAUCAAAGACAGACUCCAAGCUAGUUUUUGUGUUUUGUGGCAACGGUGUUACAUAUCAGGGUAUGUGCAAGCAGCUCUUAAAACAAGAGCCAGUUUUCAGAGAGGAAAUCUUGAAGAUUGAAACUCUGUUGCAAAGCUAUACAAGUUUGAAUCUGAUAGAGAUGCUGGAAAGUGAAUCUGAGAAAAGUACAGAGCUGUCUGAUCCAAAGAUUGUCCAGCCUCUUCUGUUUGCUAUUCAGGUUGCUGUUGUCAAACUUCUGAAACACUGGGGCAUCAGGCCUGAUGCUGUUUUGGGGCACUCUAUUGGAGAAGUUGCUGCAGCUCAUUGUUCUGGUUUUCUGUCACUUGAAGAUGCAGUGAAAGUCAUCCACUAUCGCAGUUCUUUGCAAAGCACUGUGACAGGAGGAAAGAUGCUGGUAGUCAGUAAUAUGGCUGUUUCUGAAGUCUUAAAAAUUCUCCCAUCUUUUUCGGGAAGGGUUUGUCUGGCUGCUUAUAACAGCCCUCAGUCAUGCACCCUUUCAGGAGAUGCAGAUGACAUUGACAGGUUGCAAAAGAAUUUGAGCAACUCAGCCAGUGGAAAAAAUUUGUUCCUUCGCAUUUUAGAUGUACCUGCAGCAUACCACAGUCAUAAGAUGGAUCCCAUUUUAUCCAAAGUGAAACAGAGUAUAGGCUCAUUGCAGGCACAUAAUUUGGAGACAGAACUGUUCUCAACAGUGACAGGUGUUAGUGUGUGUUCCUCAGAUUUUAUUACUGGUGAAUAUUGGGCAAGGAAUAUCAGAGAGCCAGUUGAAUUCGAACAAGCUGUAAAGUCUGUAGUUAAAAAUAAAAGGAAUGUGGUAUUUGUUGAAAUUGGCCCAAGAAGAUCUUUGCAGAGGUACAUCAAUGAGACUCUGGGAAAUGAAUUCACUGUGAUUCCCUCAGUGCAGCCAGAUAAAGAUCACGAGACAAUGCUUGCAGCUGUUUCCAAACUGUUUGAGCUUGGGGUCAAAGUGGACUGGAAAAUGUUCUACAAAGGAUUUGAGGAAGAACCAAUUCCCUACCCACGAUACCAGUUUGAUGACGUGAAGAGAGAUGUCUUCACUUCACGUUUGCAGUCAAUCGGUUCCACCGGCAACCAUCCAGUAGUUACACAAAUGGGUACAGACAGUACAGUGUUCAGCUGUGAUUUAUCCUUCUCUGAAUCAGUGGCCUUCCUGCAGGACCACAAGCACAAUGGGGUUGCCAUCAUUCCUGGUGCAUUUUAUGCAGAGUUGGGUUUAGCAACUUACAUGGCAUAUGCAAAACCUAAGGUUCCACUAAGUUCUCUGCAGCUCAGCAUAACAUUCCAGAGUCCAUUUGUUUUCACGCAGAAUGCCCCAGAAAUAAAAGUACAGCUCAGUCCAUCUGACCAUUUGGCAGAUAACACAUGUAACUUCAAAAUACAGUCUACUUCUGCAGUUUAUGCAUUUGGCACAGUAGAAGCAAAACAAGGUAGAACACCUGAAGAACAGUUCAUUUCAAUAGACUGUAUUUCCAAAAGAUGCAAAUUCCACAUGAUGUCUGGAGAGCUCUACAAACUUCUAAGUCAAACAGGAUUUGAGUAUGGGUCUGUCUUCAGAAAUAAGGCAGAUGUUUACUGUGGGGAAGAAUUUAGAGAGGCUAUAUCUGUUGUGAAGGUCCCAAAGGAAUUGAUGCCUCAAUUACAUGACUAUCACCUUCACCCUGUGAUCUUGGAUUAUCUCAUGCAACUUGUUUCUAUAACUAUAGGACAUGACCAAACAGCAAGACCCCAAUUUCCUGCACAAAUAGGAAGCCUGACUGUAUUUGAACCAUUGCAAGAGGAGAUGGUUGUAUAUCUGAGAACAGUACAUGUGGGAGAAGAUGAUUUUGACAUUUGUGGAUGCUUAGCCAACAAACAGGGUAGGGUGUUGGUUGAACUCAGGGAUGUGAAGAUCCGCAUACUAGGGAGCCGUUCCCAAGUACUCAAAGAGUACUUCUUCCAUAACAAUUUCAGUCUCAUCUCUGAAGUUGCCACAUUUGAUACUCAGAUUAAGGCACUUGUCUUUUCUGACAGGGUAGGAAUUUCUGAAGCUUUGCAGCAGUACUUGGACCCAACAUCUAUAUACGUGUCCUCCUCAAAUAGUAACAUACUGUUAGAAGGUGGAGUCAAACUUCUUUUGUCAAAACUGAAAAUUUCAAGUGUAAAGAAAAACUUCCAGGACAUUUUAUUCAUGUGGGGUGAUUCAGACUUAACCUCUCUCGAAUCAGAGAAUAUCUUGGACAGCAUGGCGGGGUGUUGUGAGAUCUUCCGAAAGAUUGUCAGAUAUCUCAUGGCACUUCAUUUCCCAGGUGCUAUCAGAGUAAUAACCUAUAGGUGCUCUGAGAGCUUAGUGGACUUCAUCAACCCUGGAUUUGUUCUGUCAGGCAUGACAAGAGCAUGUGCAGCUGAAUUGUCAGAACUUUCCUUCCAGCUGAUUGACAUGGGCUCUCCCACUAUUGAAGACAUCAAAGCUUUGGUUCAGGUCCUCAGGUCUUACCCCUGUCACAAAUAUCCAGAGCUAGUAGUGAAGGAAGGCAAAAUUCUCAAACCUGAAAUCACCCACACACCUUUGCCAACUAUGGCAAUCUCUUCAAGAAAUGUCCAUAUGUUGCAUGAUGAAGUCUUUGUCUUGCAAACAUCUGACCCAUAUAUAAUGACAAAUCUGUCAGCAACACAAAUGGAUAAUUCCAUUGAACCGAAUCAAGGAAAAAACAUUGUGCUUCGCCUCAGUAAAAUCUGUGUUCAUUCAUCAGACUACUUUCCAGUCAGCAUUUCUGACCUGAAUUAUGGUCGGACAUUGUACUGGAACAAGCACACAACUGAAAACCAUAAGCUCUUAGCCCUUGACUUCAGUGGCACUGUCACAGCUGUGGGUAAAGAUGUCAGCAAAUUUAAAGUUGGUGAUCACGUUGUGUCUUGUUACCCUGUGGCUGCCACCUCUAAAGUAGUUCUCCCAGCAGCUGUUUGCUGCAAAGCUAAAAGGCUUUCAUUCCUGAAUGAAAUUCCUUGUGUCUCUUAUAUGGUACUGGCUUGGAAGAUCUUCCAUGAGGCUUUACCCAAGGCUAAGCAGCAAAUGACACUCGGUAUUUUCUCCACUGUUCCUGACUCAGCUUUGAUGAAUGUGUUAAUUGCUAUUGCAAAUAGAUCAGGUUGGAAUGUCAGAGUGAGCACGCAGGCUGAUCAGCUGUCUUGUGAUUUUAGUGAGGUUCUGGGGGCUGUUCUUCUACCUCCUUAUAAUGUAGAAACUGCUGAAAUAGCUAGCAGUGUUAGAGGCAUCAAAGACAUUGUUCUUGUCUAUGACAACCAGACAGAAUUUCCAUUCAAUACUACAACAUUCCGUGGUACAAAUGAGGAAGUCCACUUCCAUGUCCUCCUCAUGUCCCAAGUAAUGCAAAAAGGGUCUCUGCAAAUGCAAAUGCCACACAUCUACCGUUGGCUGAAAUCCAUGCAUUUGGACAGAAAGUCUUUGUCUUUGGAUGCAACAGCUGUUCAAAGAGUAAAAUCUCAAGACAUCGAUCUUUUGUCUGUAAAAGAAUCUGAAUCUUACUUCACAUGCCAGAUCCCACCCAUUAUCAUCCUGAACAGUGAAGACAAAAACCAGCUGUCUGACAUUCCAGUGAUGUCCAAACACAGUCUAUUCCAGAAAAAUUCUGUCUAUAUUGUCACAGGUGGUCUAACAGGGUUGGGCUUUGAGACAGUAAAGUUCAUUGCUCAGAAAGGAGGAGGGAACAUUGUCAUUCUGUCUAGAAGAAAUCCAGACCCUCAGAUGCAACAAGAGUUAAGUCAGGUCAGUAGCCGUUGGGGUUCUGUCAUUAAGUGUCUGCCAUGUGAUGUUUCUGUAUCUAAGCAAGUGGACCAGACAAUUGUUAAUAUCGGAAAGCUUUUCCCAUCCAGUCCCAUCAAAGGGGUAUUUCACAGUGCAGUUGUCCUGCAUGAUGGGCUGAUUGAUCGUCUUGACAAAACUCUUUAUGAGAAAGUCAUGAGGCCAAAAGUGAAUGGAGUGAUUAACCUUCAUCGUGCUACCAUACAGUGCAAUCUGGAUUACUUUGUGUGCUAUUCCUCCAUCUCUGCCUUCAUUGGCAAUGCCUCACAAACGAAUUAUGGUGCGGCUAAUACAUUUAUGGAUACUUUUUGUCAGUACCGCAGAAAUAUUGGGCUUUCUGGACAGUCCAUUAAUUGGGGGGCUUUGAAUCUUGGCCUUCUUCUGAACAAAUUCCAUUUCCAGAAAUUUCUGGAAGCAAAGGGAAUCAUGCUUUUGGAGAUUCCAGAAAUCUAUGAAAGUCUUGAGCAGUGUCUCUUGAUCAACAAACCUCAACAGGUUGUAUGCAGGUUCAAUUUUAAAAACAGCUGGAAUAACAUCCUUAGUCAGAACAAAUCGCUGAGUGUACGCUUGUUUAAAAUAACACAGGAAGCCAUCAUUAAAGCUGGAGUGAAUUUAUCUAGACCUGAGCAAUCUAUGACAUCAUCCUCACCACGUGAUUAUCUGAAGAUCACGAUAAGUGAAACAACUGGCGUUGAGAUGGAUGAGCUAAAUGAUGAUGUUCAUCUUUUCGAUUUAGGCAUUGACUCAAUGUUAGCCAUGACUCUGCAAAAUCUUAUCUUCAAUGAUAGAGGUGUAAAUGUCCCUCUAGUGACUCUGCUGGAUCCAAAUAGCACACUGUCAAUGCUCAUCAAUAUACUGGAGCAGAGCAGUGUAGAAGAAUAUCAGAUUGAAGAUGAGAGCAAUUCCACAUACUUAUAAAGGUGACUUGUAUUUCUCCACAUCAGUCUUUUAGUAGCGUCAAAAACAAAUAAGAUUUUUAGGAAAUUCAUGAACUUUUGAAGUGAAUGGAUGUAUAGUACUAAGUACUUGAUUAAUCAAUUAAUCUAACUUUAGUUAAUCCUUCUGAAUAAGGUAUUUGGCAGAUGUUCCAAAGUGACUAUAUACAACUAAAUUCUAUUGGUUCUAGGUGGCAUUUGUUCUGGAUCCCUGCAUCCUCUGUAUUAACAGCACAUGUAAUUAUGAUAAAUUAGGUUAUGCAGAAAAUUCAAACUGUGUACUUAACAUUGGUUAUCAUUGUUUUACACUGUAAAAAGUGAUAGCCUGAAAUCGUUAUCUUAAGGAGCUUUUUUUUUUAUUUAUUUUUUUUUAUCUGAUUUAAUCCAUAAGAAUUAGCUUUGUUGGUAUAACUUUUUUUUUAGGUUGAUUCAGUGAUGUUAAAUGAUAUCUUUGACUUGAAUCCAUCUAGAUAUUACCAUUUUUUUCAGUGCAAUUUAUGUUUUGUUCAUCAGAUCACACUAGGUGAACUACAAAACUACAAACACACAUUCAUCAUUUCUUUUCAUUUCAUUUUCUUUUCUUUUUUUUUAUGGUUUAUUUUCAUUUAUAAUGCAUGAAAAAAUACAUAUACACAUAAUAUUACAACCUUAAUCUUUCUUAUACAAAAACAAAACAAAACAAAACAAAAAAAAAAGGCAACAGAUGACAUUGCAUUUAGUUUGCAGAAAGAGAAGGUAAAUGCUCCAAAAAGGAGCCCCAAAUUUUUUCAAAAGUCCUCGGAGAUUUCCUAACAUUGAAAAGGAUUUUCUCAGGGGUGCAGUAUGAAAUGAGUUCAUUGAUCCAUUGUCGUCUGGAUGGGGAGUGAAUCGAAUUCCAAUUCACUAAUAUACAUUUUUUCCCCGCAGUUCCUGCUAACAGUGAAAAAUACUUUUUAUGAUGAGAAGAGCCUAAUAAAUCAAUAUU